UAUGUGACGAUCUUCGAACAAGGCGCACACUUUAUAACCUGAAAUCACCGCAAAAUAUUGGAUAAGAUAGAACGUUUUCAACUAUAGAGUACAGUGGUAUAGACGUUAAAACAAGAAAAAAUAUCGUUGGAUAUACGUUGAGUUCAAAUACUUAAAUGGGUUACUUGUCAAGAUGUCACUCUAAAGGUAGUUUUUUAUUUAAAACUUUUUUGAAACAUAAAAGAUCAGCCACCUCUCUUGCACAUUCGCAAGGAUCUAUUUCAAAAGAAACUGUCAACAAAGAAUUCACUACAGACAUCAAAAUUGAUAGAAAAACGAUAUCCAAAUUAGAGAGAAUUUCAUUAGUUGAUUUUGAUAAUGACGGAGGUAUUCAAAGAUUAGAGGCAGCUAUUCGAUUUGCACGAAAACUACAGGAGGUACAACUAGAUCCUUCCGUUAAACCUAUGUACAGUGUUCUGGAGAACGAAAGAUUGCAUCUCAGGGAAGACAAAGUUACUGAACAUACCUGUCGUGAACAAAUUUUGAAAAACGCUAGGCUAUUGGAGGACGAAUACUUUGUUGCUCCAUCUGGAAAUAUACCAAAAAAAUCGUAGAUACGAUGGAAAAAAUAUUCAAAACUCUUGGUCCCACAUUGUUGACCUUAAAAGAAUUUGGUUUUGCUUAUGGAGUCCAAGGCAUACUAAUGCGCCGUAAUUUAGAAAAAUUGUGGCUAAUGAAAAACAUGACCCAAUCUGAUUAUAAUGUAUUUUUAGUAGAUUCUGAUCAAAUUACUGCCAAUUUAAAAGAUUUAUCAGAUAUUGGUUUGAGUAACCCACCAUUUGGAAUAGCUGAAAUAUCAAGUGUUAAAAAUACUUGGAAUGAAUCAUAUUUUCCCCCUAAAUCAAAACCCAUAAAACAUAGAAUUGCCAAAGUUACCACAAUCUAUGAAGGUGACGGUGAUAUUAUCAGCGUGAAAGACUUAUUUUAUAAAAAGCAAAGAGAGCGCAAAUCAUGGUGGAGAAGAAUUACAGAAAAUCCUAAUAUUUUUCACGUAGGUGAAAUAAAACAAGAGCGUGGCAAAGAAUAUGUAGAAAUUGAAGCCCGCUUGCCAUUUGGAAAUAUUGUUGUAGAAACGAUUUAUUAUAAGCCCAGUGCUAAAUUAU